GCGUAGUGACGCCAUGUGGAUGUGUGUGCAAUGAUAAUUGUUGUCAGCCACCGUAAACAUCGAUUUUGAGAAUGCGGCUGACAAUCUAGAGACGGAUGGUACUGCUACAGUCAUUUUAUCUUCCUCCUUGCUGGUCCACUCAUUCGCAGAAAGUAUGCUGUCCUCAACGCACGUCCGUCUGACCCGCACGUCUUCUGACUUGUGCUUGCUUGCCGCUACGCUUUGCCCUCCGUCACCUAUUCUUAAAUCAAGUGACUUACUAUCACCAAGCACGUCUGGCGAAAUACCGCUCAUUAUCGACUUCGUGAUUGACAAAUUUUCUACGCCCUUGAACUCGCCUCUCAGGUUUGGAUAUGACACCGAUGUAUGCACCCCACCGAAAGCGAGCAGACUUGAUAUCAACGUAGCAGCUGCACAGGGCAGAGUCUCGAAGUCGCCUAGGCCUCAUAUGACAGCUUCCUCGCUGGCAGCACUGUCCUCUAAUCUUGCAAGCCACCGCAGUGUCAGCGAGUCACUGCUUGACGAAGUCUUCUUCACUCCGAAGUCAUCUCAAUCGUCACAGUCACUCGUUUCUUCCCCCUCUCCUUCCCCAAGCCCCCUGUCCAAGUCUCUGUUCCAGUUGACACAUAUCCGUAGCUUGGCUGUAUCGGACUCGGCUAGCUCGUCGCUAUCAGAAACCCCCAGCGCUAAGAGUGUUCUCGGAGGCGCGAACCGACAAGCCUGGGUUUUCAACUCGAGAAUGACUUCCAAUUUAGCUAUGGCUCUUCCUGUAGAGGAUAACGAGAACGAGCAAACUGUAUACCUUGGCACGUCAGCAACAUUCUCGACAUUGCCGACACCUUCCUUUGCUCCUCCGUCGCCAUCGCCUAGUGUAGAUGUGAUUUCUCCCAUAUCUUUGACAUACUCCAGGAGACAUCGCAGACCACUGGAACGCUCAGGAGCCAUUCAUCACUUGAAGACCCCUCGCUCAAUCCCAAGAACCUCUAGGCUCCAUCUGCAUGUCCAUGAGCCCCAGUCCCCAGUCACCGCACCUGUACCGACAACUCGCUGGCAGCUCACUAACUCCCCUUCGGCAAGCUCGAUACAUUCGUGUCCUUCUGCAAGUACUUCGGGCGACUCAUACGUCUCUAAGCAUCCCUAUCUUCCACGUGAUCUGGCUUGGCUCGGAGGGACCGAAGUUGAACUCUGGAUCGACCAGGAAGGCUUCCGCGCGAUCCGGCCCAUGAUGCGACUAAUGGGGUAUUCCCCACGCUCCCGUUCACUCCUCCCAUAUGGUGAGCGCGGCGUCUCCUCCGAUGUGAGCGGAGGCUUUGCGGAGUUCAUGCCAGUCAAGCGCGAGAGCUUCGCAUUCCACUAUGCGAUUCUCGAUGGUCUGCCGAUGCUACGGCGCGUCACUGUGGGUGGGGACGAGUCGCGUGACUAUCUCUCCCGGCAAGCGGCGUUGAACAUCAAGACGAAUGGUGUGUAUACCGUUCUCGGGAGCGAGGGCAUGGUGCUGGGAAGCUCGCAGGAGCACGUGAAGUUGCAAUGGAAGUUCGAUUACCUCGUGGAGGACCGUUAUACGGAUGGUUCGCGGCGAGUCCUCCCCGGCGAGAAAGCUAUCACGCCAUUGACGUUUUCGUGUUCUCCAUUCCUGCUGCACCCGAUGCAGGGUAAGAAGGUUGGGUUCGUGCAUCUCGUGAAGAAGAGCGUCGUACCAAAGUUCUCCGCGGAGAAACUGGAGCCGCCUGAGCGUCCCAAGAAUGUCAGGCAGCUAAACCAAGUACAACGAACGGCGAGUUGCCGGCGUAUGCGUAGGCAUGGGCCGUCCAGGUCAGAUGCCCAUGCGAACCCGGGAGGCGUUCUUACCUUGGCAAGCGGUGCCCUGGUUGGCAGCUCUCCCUUGGGAUCAAAUGGUGGCAGAAUACUCGAAAGCACCAGACAGAUGCAAUACACUCGGAGACGGAGGGCCUCGUCAGCUGGAGAACACGGUUACGUCAUAUCAAGCCUGCAUGAGCUCAUGUCUGUCCCACCAGUCACUAUCGCUGAGGAUGCAACGGCCGAGCGACCGAAGAUGAUCACACACAGACGAGACCCACCCCGAGCUUGCCUGAACACAACACCGCGGUCUACAAACCAUCAUGGAUAUCUGAAAGGAUGCCAAGACGAUAAACGGCUGGCCCGAUGAGAGUGAGAUAAGUAGUCAAGGCGCUACUGG